AUGGCCAGUUUGGUGGUGCUGGAGCGCCACCUAUGGUUGAACCUCACUGAGAUCAGGGACGCUAAGAAAAUGGCCUUCCUCGACUCACCGGUCUCGCCGAAGGGUCUGUUCGGCCCCGCUGUGGACAGGUUUGCAGAGAGGUUUUCGGAGGCUCAGAAGACGUCGCAGGCGCUGUGUCACUUCCUCCCCAAGCGCUCUGGCCCCGCGGCUGCGAGCCGCCAGAAGAACCCUGCCACUCAGCCUACAAAGCCGGCGCAGCCUCAGCCCCAACGCAAAUCUGAGCCUGGGCUGCAGCAAUGCUCCCGGACGGCGAAACGCUUCCCCUUUCCGAAGCGUCAAGAUCAGACGUACGGGGAGGUCAAUCAGCUCGGCGGGGUGUUUGUCAACGGCCGGCCUCUUCCCAACGCGAUCCGGAUCCGGAUCGUCGAACUGGCGCAGCUCGGAAUCAGGCCGUGUGAUAUAAGUCGACAGCUGCGGGUCUCUCAUGGCUGUGUGAGCAAAAUUCUGGCCAGGUACAACGAGACCGGCUCCAUUUUACCCGGUGCUAUCGGUGGGAGUAAACCCCGGGUCACGACGCCAAACGUGGUGAAAAGCAUACGGGAUUACAAACUGGGCGAUCCUGGAAUAUUCGCUUGGGAAAUACGCGACAGACUGCUGGCCGACGCGGUGUGUGACAAAUAUAACGUCCCGUCCGUCAGCUCCAUCAGUCGCAUUUUAAGAAACAAGAUUGGGAACCUGUCUCAGCCGAGUCAGUACGACAGCAAACCCUCUCCGCCGCAGAUCUCCUAUAACCCCGUGUAUCCGUACUCCUACCCGAACGCCAUGUCCCCGACUGGCUCCAAACUGGGCAGUCCUCCGGCCAUGUCUGUCAGCCUGUCCCGGGCCUGGCCCUCCGUUCACACCGUCAGCAACAUUUUAGGAAUACGGGCUUUCAUGGACCCCGCAGCUAUUGCCGGAACAGAGAGUUACCAGCCGAAAAUGGAGGACUGGACGGGCGUUAACAGACAUUCAUUUCCUUCCGUUCACGGAGUCAACGGCAUCGACAAACCUCCAGUAGAAAGCGACAUUAAGUACACCCAGGUGAACUUUUAA